UAAGAAACUCAAAACUUCGACCCACUCAAUUUAAUAUUACGUGUGUAUUAGUUUAUAGUGCAGAAACAUGUACGGAGAGAAAACCCUAGAACUAGAAUCUGACUUGGCUUUUCUUGAGUCCAUUCGCCACCAUCUUCUUGAUGAUUUGGAGCCUCAGGCAAUGAGUUUUACCGGAACUAAUGUCCCCCUGAUUUUCCCGCUUUCCGUGACGGAGAAUGGGUGGGAGUCGUCUCUUAAAGCCGAACACAUAGAGAACGACGUGCAGGGCAUGCUUGGAGCUUUGAAUGACGUAAAUUACGUCGGAUGUGUUGUUUCCGAUGACAAGAUUGAAUUGAAGGAACAAAAAGUGGCGGCGCGUGCUGUUCACCCGCCUAGGGAGGAGAGGCAUUAUAGAGGUGUGAGAAGGAGGCCGUGGGGGAAGUUCGCUGCGGAGAUAAGGGAUCCGGCAAAGAACGGCGCGAGAGUAUGGCUUGGGACUUACGAGACGCCAGAGGACGCGGGGCUGGCUUAUGAUCGAGCAGCGUUUAAGCUGCGCGGCUGUAAAGCCAGGCUGAAUUUUCCUCACUUGAUUGGCUCGAGUAACGUGGAGCCCGUCCGGGUGAGCCCUAAGCGGCGCCGCUCGCUUGACCUCUCCUCUUCGUCGUUCUCAUCGGAUAAUGGGUCUCCCAAGCCAAAGCUAAGCAAGGAUGGAGUUGAUAAUCACUUGGCAGCUUGAGAUGGAGCAUAAUGGGGUUAAUUACUAUAAAUAAGUUAAAAUAAAUUAAUAGGAGUUAUGAAAAUGCUUGUAUUUGCUGGGAAAUGUUUCUUACUGCUAGAGUUGUGUUUUAAUUUUACAAGGAAGAAAUUUAGGGCUCAUCACUUGAUCUUGUUCUUGAGCAGGGAGCAGCAUAAGGGCAAAAUGUUCAUCCUCAUUUCGACUAAUUAACCUAA